UCGUGUGCUAGCGACCAGUCGUGAAGGUAGUGUUUCCUUCUCCAGUUCGGUUGUGUUUUGCAGAUACAGCAAAAGCCACGUGGAAAAUUUUAAAAGUGAAAAUUGUUUGCUUUCUUUAAUUUUUGUUUACAUUUUCAGUAGACAAACUCUACAGUUAUUUACCGCGCAAUGGAAUCACCAAAUUGCUAUUUGGUCUUACAAGACAACACUAUACUGCCGGGUCGCGCUUUUGGCUCUAAAACACCCGUCGAUGGUGAGGUUGUCUUCCAAACCGGCAUGGUCGGUUAUCCCGAAUCGAUGACUGAUCGCUCAUAUCGCGCACAAAUACUUGUACUCACUUAUCCGUUGAUCGGUAAUUACGGCGUGCCAGAUGAGAAGGAACUCGACGAACAUGGCUUGCCGGUGAACUUCGAAUGGUUUGAGGGCAUUACAGUGGCUGCUUUGGUGGUGGGUGAAGUGUGUGAAGCACCCUCACAUUGGCGGACGCGCCAGACGCUUUCGCGUUGGAUGGAAGGUUACGGGGUGCCGGGCAUAAGUGGCAUUGAUACACGCGCACUUACGAAAAAGAUACGCGAAAAUGGGUCCAUACUGGGGCGCAUUGUCUAUGAGUUGCCAGCAGCUAAUGUGCAAAUACUAACCUUCGCCGAUCCGAACUUGCGCAAUCUGGUUGCUGAGUGUUCGGUUAAGGAGCCGCGCGUCUUUAAUGCCUCUGGCACGCCACGGAUUUGUGCGAUCGAUUGUGGUUUAAAACUGAAUCAGAUUAAAUGUUUUGUGGCACGCGGUGCGCGUGUAGACUUGGUGCCAUGGAAUUAUGCGCUGAAAGAGGAGGAGUUCGAUGGGCUAUUUAUUAGUAAUGGUCCUGGUGACCCGGUCAUGUGUAAGGAUACUGUUAUGCAGAUACAAAAGGUGCUGAAAAAUGGAAAGAAACCCAUAUUUGGCAUUUGCUUGGGUCAUCAGUUGCUCGCAACAGCUAUCGGAUGCAAUACCUAUAAAAUGAAAUAUGGUAAUCGCGGACACAAUCUGCCAUGCGUACACCACGGCACCGGGCGCUGCUUCAUGACUUCACAAAAUCACGGCUUUGCAGUGGAUAGCGAGACUUUGCCUGUUGAGUGGGAGCCGCUCUUUACGAAUGCCAACGAUAACACCAACGAAGGUAUUAUCCACACAAGCAAACCAUACUUCUCGGUGCAAUUUCAUCCAGAGCACACUGCUGGUCCGGAAGACUUGGAAUUGCUUUUCGAUGUCUUCCUUGAUGCGGUAAACCAACAAAAUACACCCGCGGCGUUGAGCUUGCGUCAAAAUUUGAUCGAUCGUCUGACUUUCCGACCUCGAUUGAAUAACAUUCCCGACAAGCGUCCGCGCAAGGUGCUAAUUUUAGGCUCUGGCGGCUUGUCCAUUGGUCAGGCGGGCGAAUUCGACUACUCGGGCGCGCAAGCAAUCAAGGCAAUGAAAGAGGAGAAAAUCCAAACUGUCCUGAUAAAUCCCAACAUCGCCACCGUGCAGACUUCAAAGGGACUGGCCGACAAAUGCUACUUUCUACCGCUAACUCCCGAAUAUGUCAAACAAGUCAUACAAGCAGAGCGUCCCAACGGCGUUCUGCUUACAUUCGGCGGUCAGACCGCGCUCAAUUGCGGCGUGGAAUUGGAACGCGCUGGUGUCUUCGAUAAGUACAAUGUCCAAAUACUUGGCACCCCGAUACAAUCCAUUAUCGAAACUGAAGAUCGCAAAAUUUUUGCAGAACGCGUGGCUGAAAUCGGCGAAUGCGUAGCACCGUCCGAGGCUGUAUACUCCGUGGAGGAGGCGCUAGAGGCGGCAAAGCGUUUAGGUUAUCCUGUAAUGGCGCGUGCGGCAUUCUCCUUGGGUGGUUUAGGUUCAGGUUUUGCAGACAACGAACGCGAACUAGAGACACUAGCUCAUCAAGCAUUGGCACACUCCAGUCAGUUGGUUAUUGACAAGUCGCUCAAAGGCUGGAAAGAGGUGGAGUAUGAAGUAGUGCGCGACGCUUUCGACAAUUGCAUAACUGUUUGUAAUAUGGAAAAUCUCGAUCCUUUGGGCAUACACACUGGCGAAAGUAUUGUGGUGGCGCCAUCGCAGACGCUCUCCAACAAAGAGUACAACAUGCUGCGCAGCACUGCUCUAAAAGUGAUACGCCACUUUGGCGUUGUCGGUGAGUGUAACAUACAAUACGCGCUCAAUCCACACUCGGAGGAGUACUACAUUAUCGAGGUAAAUGCGCGUCUGUCACGUAGCUCCGCCUUAGCUAGUAAGGCUACUGGCUACCCGCUGGCAUAUGUUGCGGCUAAAUUGGCGCUGGGCGUUUCGCUGCCCUCUAUCAAGAAUUCGGUUACUGGUGUGACUACCGCCUGCUUCGAGCCGAGCUUGGAUUACUGUGUGGUUAAGAUACCAAGGUGGGAUUUGGCGAAAUUCGUACGCGUAAGCAAGAAUAUCGGUAGCUCGAUGAAGAGCGUGGGCGAGGUAAUGGCUAUUGGCCGCAACUUUGAGGAGGCUUUCCAGAAAGCUUUGCGCAUGGUGGAUAGUGGCGUUAAUGGUUUUGAUCCUGAUCAGCAUCCAUUGCGUAAAGAAGAGCUAACAGAGCCCACCGACAAACGACCAUUUGUGUUGGCCGCUGCGCUGAAGGCAAAUUAUGGCGUUGAAGAGUUGCAUCAGCUCACUAAGAUUGACAGAUGGUUUCUCAACAAGAUGAAGCGCAUCAUAGAGUUUCACAGUAAUUUGGAAAAAACUGGGAAUACGCUUUCAGUGGCGCAAAUUCUACAGGCAAAGCAAAUCGGAUUUUCCGACAAACAAAUAGCUGCGGCCAUCAAGAGCACCGAAUUGGCGGUGCGCAAACAACGCCAAGAAUUGGGCAUCAAACCGUUUGUCAAGCAAAUAGAUACGGUGGCUGGUGAAUGGCCAGCUACGACCAAUUAUCUCUACCUUACCUACAAUGCAGAUGCGCACGAUCUGGAUUUCCUUGGCGAUUUCACGAUCGUAGUUGGUUCAGGCGUCUACCGCAUUGGCUCGUCGGUGGAGUUCGACUGGUGUGCAGUCGGCUGUCUCCGUGAGUUGCGCAAGCUCGGUAAACCCACCAUAAUGAUAAACUAUAAUCCCGAAACUGUAUCCACCGAUUACGAUAUGUGCGAUCGUCUGUACUUCGAGGAGAUUUCAUUCGAAGUAGUUAUGGAUGUAUACGAAAUGGAGAAUUCCGAUGGUAUUAUACUCUCCAUGGGCGGACAAUUGCCCAACAAUAUCGCUAUGGACCUACAUCGUCAGCAAGCCAAAGUGCUUGGCACUUCACCGGAAUCAAUUGAUAGCGCGGAGAAUCGCUUCAAGUUUUCGCGCAUGUUGGACCGCAAGGGUAUACUGCAACCGCGUUGGAAGGAAUUGACGAACCUGAAGAGCGCCAUACAAUUUUGCGAGGAAGUCGGCUAUCCUUGCCUGGUGCGGCCUUCAUAUGUGCUCUCAGGCGCCGCCAUGAAUGUGGCCUACUCGAAUCAAGAUCUAGAAACUUACUUGAAUGCAGCAUCAUUGGUUAGCAAAGAGCACCCGGUGGUUAUUUCGAAGUUCCUCACAGAAGCAAAAGAAAUCGAUGUGGAUGCUGUGGCGACUGAUGGCGAAAUCCUUUGCAUGGCCGUAUCAGAGCAUGUGGAAAAUGCUGGCGUGCAUUCGGGCGAUGCCACUUUGGUAACGCCACCGCAGGAUUUAAAUCACGAAACACUGGAAACGAUUAAGCGCAUAACACGCGAUCUGGCAGCUCUACUCGAUGUCACUGGCCCAUUCAAUAUGCAAUUGAUUGCCAAGAAUAAUGAGCUGAAAGUGAUUGAAUGUAAUGUUCGUGUCUCGCGCUCUUUUCCAUUUGUAUCGAAGACUUUGGAUCACGAUUUCGUGGCGACGGCGACGCGCGCCAUUAUUGGCAUACCAGUUGAGCCGGUGGAAGUGUUGCACGGCGUGGGAAAAGUCGGUGUGAAGGUGCCUCAAUUCAGUUUUUCCCGUCUGGCUGGCGCGGAUGUACAGUUGGGCGUGGAAAUGGCAUCCACCGGUGAGGUGGCCUGUUUCGGUGACAAUCGUUAUGAGGCUUACUUGAAAGCCAUGAUGUCUACUGGCUUCCAGAUACCGAAAAAGGCGAUACUACUCUCCAUUGGUAGUUUUAAGCACAAAAUGGAGUUGCUGCCCUCAAUUCGAGAUCUUGCAAAAAUGGGUUAUAAAUUGUAUGCAUCUAUGGGCACUGGUGAUUUCUAUGCAGAGCAUGGCGUUGAUGUGGAAUCUGUUCAGUGGACUUUUGAUAAGCAAUCGCCUGAAGAUCCCAAUGGUGAGCUUCGGCACUUGGCUGAGUUCUUGGCGAAUAAACAAUUCGAUAUGGUUAUUAAUCUGCCAAUGCGUGGUGGCGGCGCAAGAAGAGUAUCUUCAUUCAUGACCCAUGGCUAUCGUACACGUCGCCUCGCUGUCGACUACUCCAUUCCAUUGGUGACCGAUGUCAAGUGCAUCAAACUUUUAGUUGAAUCGAUGCGCAUCACUGGUCGUCGUCCAGCCAUGAAAACCCACACCGAUUGUAUGACCUCGCGUCGUAUCAUCAAACUGCCCGGCUUUAUUGACGUCCACGUUCAUCUACGUGAGCCGGGUGCUACGCACAAGGAAGACUUUGCCACCGGCACCGCUGCCGCAUUGGCCGGUGGUGUUACACUUAUUUGUGCUAUGCCUAAUACCAAUCCUUCGAUUGUCGAUCGUAAUAGCUUCCAGAUGUUCCAAGAUUUGGCUAAAGCUGGCGCGCGUUGCGACUACGCGCUCUAUGUUGGCGCCUCUGACACCAACUGGCAACACAUUGGUGAGUUGGCUUCACAAGCGUGUGGCUUGAAAAUGUAUCUCAACGACACAUUCAGCACACUGAAAAUGACCGAUAUGACUGUGUGGGAGAAACACAUGCAAAAUUGGCCAAAGCGUGCGCCAAUCGUGUGUCAUGCGGAACGACAAACAAUGGGCUCCGUUAUACUUAUGGCUCAUCUGCUCGAUCGUCCUGUGCAUAUUUGCCACAUUGCACGCAAGGAAGAGAUUAUGUUGAUACGUGCUGCAAAAGAAAAGGGCAUACGCGUCACCUGUGAGGUUUGUCCGCACCAUUUAUUUCUCUCCACUGACGACAUACCGGCCAUAGGUGACGGACGUGCAGAAGUACGACCAGUAUUGUGCUCACCCGAGGAUCAGCAGGCCUUGUGGGACAAUAUGAAUUACAUCGAUGUAUUUGCCACUGACCAUGCGCCGCAUACGUGGGAGGAAAAGAACUCCGAGAAGCCACCGCCAGGCUUUCCCGGUUUGGAAACCAUACUUCCAUUGUUACUUAAGGCUGUAGACGAUGGACGUUUGACGCUCGAAGACAUACAAAAUAAAUUUUACCGCAAUCCAAAACGCAUCUUCAGUCUACCCGAACAGCCCAACACCUACAUUGAAGUGGAUUUGGAUGAGGAAUGGACUAUAAACAGGGAAGAAAUGCAUUCCAAGGCGAAAUGGACGCCCUUCGAGGGCACCAAGGUGAAGGGCAAAGUGCACCGCGUUGUGUUGCGUGGCGAAGUCGCUUUCGUCGACGGUGAGGUACUGGUGCAACCUGGUUUCGGACAAAAUGUCCGUGGCCAAUAUGCGCGUAGAUCGCUGCUACAACAAUCGUUGGAAUCACUUGAAAUCGGCGCAUCCAUCGAUGGUCUCGACAAACCACAAGACCGCAGUCUCGACUUCCUUUCCGAUUCACAGGCAAAUGAAGCGUUUGCCAAGCUCUUGGCGGAACCACCAACGAAGGUGCACUUUGCAGGUGAACCCAACUUAUUGCGGCCUAUAUCCCCUUUGCCACGAAUACGCUGUGACUCCGCCAACAAUUCCAUGCUGCGUGAGCUUUUGCCCAAGAGUCAAGCCGCUGCGGCACCCAUUAGUCCCGUAGCACACAGUCUGCUCGGCAAACACAUACUCUCCGUGGAUAUGUUCACCAAGGAGCAUUUGAAUGAAAUCUUCAAUUUGGCGCAAAUGUUGAAAAGUCGUGUGGCAAAAGAUCGCCCAUUGGAUGACUUUUUGCGUGGAAAAAUCAUGGCUUCCAUUUUCUACGAAGUAAGCACCAGAACCAGUUGUAGUUUUGCUGCGGCCAUGCAGCGGCUCGGCGGACGGGUUAUUUACAUGGAUCAGACGAGUUCGUCGGUGAAGAAAGGUGAAACUUUGGAAGACAGCAUCGCAGUAAUGGCAGGCUAUUCCGAUGUCAUUGUGCUGCGUCAUCCGGAACCCGGCGCAGUUUCACGAGCCGCUAAUCAUUCCCGCAAGCCCAUACUCAAUGCCGGUGAUGGUGUAGGCGAGCACCCAACACAAGCACUACUAGAUAUAUUUACCAUACGCGAGGAAAUCGGUACCGUGAACGGUCUCACAAUUACAAUGGUCGGCGAUCUGAAGCAUGGACGUACAGUACACUCUUUGGCUCGUCUGCUAACACUUUACAAUAUUACACUACAAUAUGUGAGUCCACCGAAUCUCGGCAUGCCAGAGGAAAUCGUCCGCUACUUAGCUUCAAAAGGUGUACUGCAGAAAACUAUGAGUUCUAUGGAAGAUGCCUUGCCAACCACAGAUGUACUAUAUAUGACCCGCAUACAAAAAGAACGUUUCGCUAGCGAAGAAGAAUACCAAAAGGCCUGCGGUCACUUUGUUGUUACUCCCAAACUAAUGACACUCGCUAGCCGCCGCACGAUUGUCAUGCAUCCAUUGCCACGCGUGUUCGAGAUUAGCAAGGAAUUCGACUCGGAUCCACGUGCAGCCUACUUCCGUCAAGCGGAGUAUGGUAUGUAUGUGCGCAUGGCAUUGUUAGCAAUGGUUGUUGGUGCUAGGAACUAAACUAAAUAGCAGCUGCGGCCAUACAAAUUCCAAUAUUAGAAGAAAAAGACAUUUAUUUAUGUGAUUUUACAAAUAUUUUUUUUGUAAUUUGUGUAUUCUUAUAAAAACUAGCAAGUAUAUUUUAUAAUAAAACUUUGACUUGU